CUUACACCCUUCCAAUUUGAUUUCUCCUUCCUUCCUUCCUUCCUUCCUUCUUUCUCUCCUUCUUUCUUUCUCGUUCUCUCACACUCCCUCCAGUUUGAUUUCUCCUUCCUCUCUUCCUCCCUACCUCCUUUCUUAUUCUGUCACACUCCUCCAAUUUGAUUUCUCUCCUUCCUCCAUUCCUCCCUCUUUGGCCUCAGACACACCAUGGAGUUCACUGAGAGGAAGAGGAGCAGGAAAUCCCAAAGCUUUAAACUGAUCAAUCAAGACUAUCAUCAUGACCAAUACAAGAUCUCUGACUACAGUAAUGAUGUUAAUGGGGAGGCCAAAGAAGUGCAACCAUUUUAUUUAGGAGAUGAAAGCCGGGAAAUUAAAAAACAAAUUACAGGGAUGAGAAGAUUACUGAAUGACAGCACUGGAAGAAUAUAUCAACGAGUUGGCAAAGAAGGAGAAAAAUUGAAAGAAGAACCUCAGGAUUUAGAUUUGGCCUGGGCUCAUCGUGUAAACGCUCCUGCAGAAACUCAGGCAAACCCCCAUUCGUCUCAGAGUGGUACUUGGAAUGAAUUAUCUCCUCAAACUAGCCACUAUUCAGGGCAAUAUGGAACUCGUUCCAAGACCUUCCAAAAUCAAGCUAGAACUGUAGACUCAAAUGGAGAAAUUCCAGCAACUAAUUCCUCCUCUAACUCAAACUGUUGUACUUGUAAUUGCCAGCCAGCAUUGCAAGCCAUUCUUCAAGAGCUUAAGACCAUGAGAAAGAUAAUGCAGAUUCAAGCAGUUGCUGCUCAGAACAGACAACAGCCUUCGGUUCCCCUGGUUUGUGCGCAGAAAUCUGCCCUGUCAAGAAAGAGAAAUAAAAAGAAAAAAUUGCCCCAAAAGACUAUUGAAACUCUUACUGUGAAUAAGAAACCCAACACUGUAGAGCAUGAAAAAAAGUUACCAGCAAGUUCUGGAAAAUCAAAUGGAGAAGUAGCUGAACCCUCCUUGAAAUCGGAGCCACAGAUUUCAGGAUUUGGCAUUGUCCUUGAAUCUUCAUCUUCAGAUCCAGACGUGCAACUUGCUGAAGGCUUUGACGUCUUUAUGCCUAAAUCACAACUGGACUAUAUAGCAAAUUAUACCGCUCAGGGAGCUCUGUUUAAAACUGGUGUGUGCAUUUUUGAUGACAAGACCUUGGCCAACUCCUUACCCAAUGGCAAGAGAAAAAGAGGCCUGAAUGACAACCGGAAAGGAUUAGACCAAAUUGUGGGUGCAAUAAAAGUGUUCACAGAAAAAUACUGCACGGCAAACCAUGUGGAUAAACUGCCUGGCCCAAGAGACUGGGUCCAAAUUCUACAGGAUCAAAUCAAACUGGCAAGAAGACGGUUAAAAAGAGGUUCAGAAGCAAAUGACUGUGAUGAGAAAUUGGACUUUUCUCUACUACAAACAGGUAACCUUUUUGAAACUACACAUUCUGCACCGGUGUUUCAUUAACAGUUCUGGACAUCUACGUUGGAGCAGGAUACCAGCAAUAUUUCCAGACUACUUCAAUAUGUGUGUUCUGUUGUGUCAUGGCCUCUUACAUUUUCUUCAUGCUUUUGUAACAUGGGAUAACAAAGCCACUAAAUUACUUGUUUCCUUUAAUUUUAAUCAAAAUAGGCUUGUUGAGCAGCAAGGAUUAUAGUGCAGUUAGUCUGGUAACCACAAUAAUAGAAGAAAGUUUGCCUUUAUGAUUGCAUUUUCCCACGUAAAUAUAUGCAUGCUGGCUAUUCCAUUUUCAGUUAAGUGGAGAAUAAUAAACACAGCUAGAGGCCUCUCUUCUUUUCAGGAGUGAGCGCUGAAGGGCCCCAUUUUAAAUUGGUUUCUUUUGUAGAAAUCACAGGAUCAAAAAUCUACUAAGUAGUUUAAUGCAUCAUUAAUUUUCAUCUGUUCUGAAGACUCCCUCUCUGUGUCUGAACAUAUUCUUCUCAUUGGCUAAAAUGGUAAAUUUUCAGGUGUACUUUUAAGAAUAAGAGAGAGUAUCGUUGUAUUUGACUAUAAGAACAUCAUUAAUUGAUGCAGAUAUAUUGCCUGUGUUUAGUCCAGAACUAGUAUCGGUAAAUGUGAUUCAAAUUGUUUUUGAGAGUGCUCAGAUGAUGUUUUGAAGACUCCUCAUCUCUCCCUGGCCACUUAAGUCUGGCUGUGCAGUCUUGUUGUUCCAAAAGGGAAAAAUAUUUCAAGGAUUAUUGCUGCCAGUAGUCUCUGUGACACUUUUAUAUACACAGCUUUUUGGUAAUAUUUUCAUGAGAUAUAGAGAAUAUACAGUCCCACUUUGUGUGGUGAUUGUUUUCACACAUUCUUGUGCCUCUCUUCUUCCCUCAUGCCAAAUUUAUCAAGGGUUUGUUGGAUAGUCCAUGGAGAGAAGAAAAUAUUUUAUAGGACAGUGUAUAUGAACAUGUAUCUUGUAUGUGAGAGUCUGUCCAGUAUCUCAUCCCAACCAGAAGGAGCUGAAAUUCAUCACAUCUUUUCCCUAUUACUUGCUGAAAUAAGGUUAGGACUGCAGUAAACAGUUUGCAUAUGUAUGUGAGAGAGGCAUCUUCUCCUUUGCACUUACUAGACAAUAAGUUCAUGUGAAAACACAUGUAGAAUUAGUCUUCAUAAACUUUUAAUAAGAAAGAAUGAUGCAGUUUGAGCCUUCAUACAUUCAUCCUGUGAGCGGUGUGCAAGUACUGACACAGUAUGUGUAUAGAGAGUGAAAGCCUAUGCAUUUUGUUCCACUUUAUUUAACCAACUCCUCAAUUGAGGGUGUAUGUAUGAGAAAAGAGGACCUGCCCAUGUUACAAGCAUGCCUCACUGAACACUCUGACAAGAAAGCUCCCUUUUACAAGGUCUUUUUAUGCCCACCAACCCCUUCCUUUGCCUCUGACUAGCUGGGAGUUUUUUAGCUGCAUCAGCAUUGGGAGGGUGAUGGAGGAAAGAUAGAGGAACACAGACUUUCAGUAUCAGGUUGCAGCAGUGUGUCUGCAGUAAACAAUGCAAUGAAGCUUGAGCUGGAUAAGAAUAGGAUUCAAUUCUAGCCAAUCCUACUGUAGCUGUGUAUGCCUGCCUAGAACAGGCAAGAUAAACAGCAAUUGCCUCCAGCAGCAUUGAGGAUGUGUGAACAGAAAAACAAAGAGAAAAUGGGAAAGCAGAAGUCUGCCUCAUCACCAAUACUCUGUAUGUUAAAAGCAAAAACAUAGAUAUGUACAUUUGGCCACCAAAAUUGAAUUCAUAAGAAAUGUGGAGGCUGGUGAAAGGGGAAAAAGUGAUCCCAGAAUGCAUUUUGGAAGAAGCUUUCAAGUGAUCUCUCAAAAGUUUUAGAUGUUUUUAUUUAUGCAAGGUUUACCUGACCUGGUUAUUUCAUUUCACAUGAGCAUAUUGUUAAUUUUAGAGAAAAGGCUUAGUGAAACAUGUUGAACUGCUCUUCUUUCUUGUGGUUCAGGAACUUAUCCCCAUUUUUUUCUAUUUUAUUUCCGCCUCUGGUACCAAAUUUUCUGUUAAAGAUGUAAGGUCCAGGAACACAUCUACUUUGGUGUACUUUAUUUUCCAUCUUUAUAUUUUUCCCUAUGAAACGUCAUAAAGGAAGGAAGGAAUUUGGCUGUUUUGUGCCAGAAUAUACAGAUUCACACACUCUCACACACCAUAUUCAUACCACAGCGGUUGUCUGACAAUAUAACUGGUGGAAAAACUGCUCUUUGGCCAGGUUCAAGACUAUCCUCUGUACUAUUUCUAUUGCAGGAAUGGAAAUGUUUAGCACUUCAGAUGUUAUUAGACUGCAAUAUACCAUCAGCCCUAGCCAGCAUAGCCAGUGGUGAGAGAUUAUGGGAAUCGCAGCUCAGUAAUUUCGAGAGGGCCACACAUUGCCGACCUCCCUAGAUUGAGAACUAGUGCUGGAGAAGGCCCAUCUCUAUUUUAUUGAACACAGAACAAAACUUGCACGACAGAGCACUAACUGUGCACCUUGAUCCAAAACUAAAGAAAUAAUUUUAAAGAAAAUAUUUUAUUCCACUUUAUAGUUUUCUGGUUAAUUAAUAUUUACAUGUAUUUAAGGAUCCCCCUGCUCCCCAAAAACACCUGUCCCAUCCAUUAGGACUGAAAUAAAUAUUUUCUACCCAUGAUAUUUUGGGUUCUUUUUGUGUUUCUGCUGCCCAAAGGAACUUGUCAUAGGUGUAAGAAAGGUCAAUGUAAAUCUGUACACUGAUCUUUCGAGCUAUUUAAAACCCUGCAAAUACAAUUUCAAUAAUCCAACUUUGUAUUCUUGUCAUCUUUUGAAGAACCAGGCCUGAAUCCUAUUCUCAGCAUGAAAGCUAUCACAGCCAUGCUUCUAAUGAAGGAUUAAUAACUACAUGAGAAUUUCAUACAUAAUUAUAAGCACACCAAUAGACUGUCUUGAUAGAUAUAUCAAGAACCUAUUGCGUUUUUAAAACAUCGUCUGAGUAACCACUUCUGUUGCAGUUCAGUCUCUCUCUCAUGGAAUUUGAAACUUAAUGCGGUCAAUUUAUUGAAAUGUUGACUCUGUUCUCAUGAUGACCAGACAAAUGUGGCUUGCACUUGUUCUUCAAAAAUGCAUCUCUUCCUUAGAGACUGAUGCUCUCUCAUGAAUCAAACUUUUCAAUCUUGCCAGUAAAUCUCUAAAUAAAGCAUACAUAUUAACACUUAACCAACAAUCAACAUUCUUUUCAUGAAUCUUUUAAAAAAACGUAUUUGUGUCUACUUAACUGUGACUACUGUUCAAACUUCUCUUCAGAAGUCUUUUUAUAGGUUUUAUUAGGGAAAUCAUUCCAUAUUUAGGUAAAAAGUGUCUCAAUCUUAUGUAUAUAAGUUUUAUUAAUAUGUACAUAUUUAGCUAUUUUUUAAAUUACUAUGUUCUUAAUAAAAACCAACAAGGGACUAGUUGUGAAAUGGUGCAUAAGACUGUGUUUGUGAUAUCAAUCUCUGGGAAUCCCUCUUUGUCAAGUUCAGAAAAAACCAAUAAAUUACUCUUAAUUCAG